GCGCGCGCGCACCUGGGUGGGGGGGGGGAGGGGUUCACUGAGGGCCCGGCUCGCGCUGUGGGGCGCUUCCCGCCCUCCCCCCCCCCCCCCCGGCGGCCGUUGGGGCGCGCGCGCGGGGGUCAGUUUGCCUCCGUCCGGGGGCCGUUGGGGCGCGGGGGGAGGCAGUUCUCCCCCCCCCUUGUCGGCCUGCUGCUUUGAGUGGUGAUGAUCAUCAUUGCCUCAACUGUUUCAAGAUCGUUUUCACUCUCUAUCCGUCACAAGGUGGUGGAGAAAAAUGUGGACGCUGGUAGAAGACCUGUGGAUCACUUCAGUUUUGAGGCAACGUGGAGAAGUUGCAAAGAGAAGACUGAAGAGGAAUGGUAAAGUACGCUAGGACUAGAAAGCUACAGAAGAAGGCAACAACGGUGAGCCCAAGCGUGGAAUGGCUUCUGCGCUGGAAACAAAUAGACUUCUCAACCUGCAGGAGAGAUGGCACUGGGACAGAGAUGGCAGAGAUUUGUACAAGAGUGGCAUGCUGGAGAUGUGAUUGUGAAGAAGUGGCUGCUGCUCCCCAAUCUUCUGCAUAUCCAGAUUCUAUUAAUUUUUCCCUGCUACUGUUCCAAAGGGAUUGUGCUGAAGACCAAAUAAUCAAGUGAAAUUACAACAAGAGCAUUCCCGGUCUGGAAGCCAUUCCCACAAUCUUUCUAGACAUACCACAACGUAAAGCUCCCUUCUUUUGUCCGCUAGUUAUGCUGAAAUGAAGUAUGCACACUUGUGGACAUCUGUAGAGUAUUGCUGACAAUAUUUACAGUUUUGAAAGUUGUUUGUGUGCUCAUGAGAACAGUGAGUUCCAGACUGGAAAGACAUAAAAACUGGAGACUUGUUUCCUCACAGUGCAAGAAGGAACAAUACGUAGCAAAAAGUAGUGUUGGUGUCCUUGUUGGACCCCACUAUUGCCUUUUUCCUGAAAAACUUGUGAGGAAAUUUGAAUAUUAGAAGAAUGGGAGGAGAUGGUUGCAAGCUGUGUUCCAUCCAGUAUUGUGUUGGACCCUAGCCAUCAGGAAACAUUUUGUCUGCUGCAGAGAUGAGAGGUUCUCUUCAGUAGUAGUAUUGUGAGCCAGAGACAUAAAUGAUCUCUGGCAAGGGGUGUGACCUUAUUACAGAAAGAAAUCAUCCCAACUUUUACUUUCUUUGGUGGAAUUUUUAAGAGGGAUUUCUGCAAAAGAAAUUUGCAUGUUUUGUACUGACCUACAUAAACUCUACCUAAGUAUAGGAAUAAGUUAGGAAUUGUUUCACUCUGCUUAUGUCACCCUUUAUGUUUUAUCAACCAUUAAUCUUUACUCUUUUGCCAAUUCAUGUGUCUAAUACUGCAUUGCAAAUAUCUUUCUCCCUUCCAAAAAUAUUCAUAAAAAUCAGACUGGGGGAGAAUAAGUCUUGAAGAGCAUUGUCUGUACUCUGCUUGCUAGUGCCAAGCUGUGUGGCUAGAAAAUGGAAAUGCAGACUUCUACCUACUGCAGAAGAAUGGAAAUAAAUCGUAACACAAGGUUAUACAAAAGAAAUUAUAUAUCCUGGAGCUGGAAAUUUGAUAGACCAAUAUAAUGUGUUUUAAUGUCUUAAGCUUUAUUUCAAAAGACAAAAAAAUCUAUGUGAACACUUGUUUUAGUAUUUAACUGAUAAUUCUAGCAAAUAUAUCUGAUUUGGACAAAGUUAUGUGGUUGACCUGAAUGGUCCAUGUCUCGGGGGGGGGGGGGGAAGCAGGCAUGAGGAGGUGACAGCUGGAAACAGUACAAAGAACCUUGUGUAGAAAGAAAAUUAAGAUUGCUAUGUACACACAUAGCUGACACUUGUUUUCAAGAAUGUUUUUUGCAGAAGCAUGAAUUAGUGAUGUGAAAACAAAAUAAUUAUAACUAAAGUUAUUUUGAAGACCAACAUCGAAUCUGUUGUGCAGCAUUCGUUGCAAUUGACGGAAAUGUCAAGUCACAAAAGGUAGUGGAGAUGAAAAUAGCUGUGAGGCAGAAUGACCUCAAAAAUAGAUGAGGACAACAACAAUUCUUCUUUUGGACCUUAUCUCCUUUAUUUAUACUAUCACUUCUUCUGGCCUGACUCCCACAGUGCUGCCCUGCCAUGUUCUAGGCCUCUUACCCUCUCCCCUACCAAGCUGUUACGUACAAUGCAAAAGCUUUCAUCAGUAUAUCUGAAAGCACUUUGCAGUUACUGUUUCACAAAACCCACAGUUAGAUAACGUACAUUUUGCAGGCUGGUAAACCGAAGCCAGGAUAAUCUGUUUUGCCCAAAUAAACUGUACCCAUUGUAACUGUUAUCAAACUCUUUCUGUGAGCCUCAGGCUGCAAUCUGUAACUCAGUUUCAAAAAUGGAGUAGGUUUGGUUGCUUCAUCAGAGGACUAGAAGGCUGACCUAUCAACAAAUGCGUUUCCUUCAUGUCAUGUGUGUGAGCAUCUCCCCAAAACUGCCUGCGAACCUCUGCAGCCCCUGCUGGCCCUUCCUGAGCAACAUCCUUCCCCAGCCCACCCAAAUCACGCAGGCUCCCUGUUGAGUAGAAUCGCUAGACCUGCAGGGAUGGAAACAAAUUUGAUCCUCGAAUGAAGCUGUAAGGCUGUAUCAUCUGGUCCUGAGACAAGACUCCCUUUAGAUGAAUGACUGCAGACAUAGGGUCCCUCAUAGGACUCAAGUUUUAGGCUAUGUUUUCAGUGAAACCAGAGCAAAAUGUUCGUUGAUUUAAAUAGAAAAUCAAGAUCAUGCUUAAUGCUGUGUGAAGAACUGUGGUGUGAUUCCUGACUUGGGUUUGCAAAUGCUUUAAUACUGCCCAGGUGCUGCCCUUAAUUAGGAUAAGUGCUGUGUUUCUCCAUGUUGCAUCACUGCUUCACUGUAGAAGAAUGACUUGACUGUGGAUCCUGAGAACCUCUGCUAACAGGUUGACUACUGCAGUCAAGUGCAGGAAAGUUCUCCACUGAACGGAGGUCAUUUUGAUUGCAACAAUACUCAGUUUUGUCCCUCAGAUGUGUGGCUGUGUUUCUGCUUAUGAAGAAUAUUUUCUUUGACUUGCAAUCCUUAAAGAAAAACUCUGAAAGGAAAUUGUGUUAGUAGUUAACAUAGUUUUACUACAAAAAACUUCAUGUGAUUAGCUCAUGCCAGAAUGGAAAUGCCAGAUUUUGCUGGUGAGAACUUGACUCUUUCAUGGUGCUGCAGGAAUUUGGGCAGCUGGUAGAAGGGCCUAUAACCUUUUUCUCAGCAGCCUGCCUCAGUGGAAUGGGAUGGAUAUUCUGCAAGAUCAUCACUGUGGAAGUCUCUUGCUCCUCCUACUGCUGCUGUUUUUGAUUUUUAAUUAUUAUUUUUGUUUAUUCUUUGAAACAGGAUAAUCCAGGCAACUGCUCUAGUAACUAUGAAGUUUUAUCAUCCUUCAUCUUUGGGUGCCUGAUUAAGUAUGACUCUGUGACUGGGAUUUUAAAUAUCUAACUUGCUAGAAGCUUUCCCAAUUAUCUCAAUUGCCUUUACCUGAGGAAUGAUUACUAUUUCCAGGUGUACAUCCUGUUGCCCACAGUUCCUCAGGUUUUCCUGACAUCAUUCUUACAUUAAUAGUCCUUAUCAAGGCAUACUAUAGACUACCAACUAUCCCACAGUGCCUCCUUAGUAUAUUGUAGCAUUGACAGGGCUUCUACAUGCAUUUUCUAACUCUUCCACUUUUACUCCAUUUUAGGAAUAUUCAGAAGCUUCAUUUUUAAUUAAAACCUUCAAAUGAUAGAAACUUUGCAUUUGUAUAGUGGAACACUUUCAUUGCUAUCCAAAGAAAGGUUCAUAUAAUUUCUUCUCUGUUUAUAUAAACUAUAAAAAAGUUACAUGAAAAAGCUAGACAAAAUGAAAAAUGUUGUGUUCAGAUAAAAUUACCACAAAAUAUUUACAGUAAAACAAAUAGUAAAAUGUUACAUUGUUUUGAAUCUUCAGUUCCCUGGUCUAGUAGCUAUUCUGGACAUUACUCAUUUGAAAAAAAUUGAGGUAAAUAUGAAGAAUCAUUUUCAAUUUCAAAUGUAUAUCCUCUCACUCUCUUUUUAGGCAGAGAAUGUUGCCUAAAUUUUGUGCGGACACAUCGAACUAUCUGUUCCCAGAUCUGUAGAAGUAUUUUAGCAUCUUAAUAAAUGCCUAACUUCUCAUUUAUGGAAGCAGGACCCAGGGUCCUAAGAAAUUAACCUGAGUUUAAUAUUCUAGUUACACUUGAAAAUAUUGGCAGUCCCUUUUGAUUGUAGGACAGGGCUUUCUUCCUUUAUUUGAGCCUUAAAUAUGUAUUUCUCAUAUGUGUGUGUGUUUAUAUAUAGUCAGCUAAAAUUAACCUUAUUGUUUAGAUUGAGAGCUGCAUAUAGACGUUAUACAUAGUGAAAGCACAUACAAGCUAUUGCAUAGCAAAGAAACAAUAAAAACAGUGAUGGCCUAUUUUCCUCCUUCAUUAAAGCAGAGAUUAAUACUUACACUGAUAUCCCUGUUCUCCCUGAUAAAAUCCACAAUGAAAUACUAAUAGCAAUGUACUAUUGAAUAGACACUUGCAGAUGUAAGCAAUAGCUACUUAAGCCUAAGCAAACACUAGUGGAUAUUAAUACUCAAGUCCAAAAUUACCGAGAGGCAUUCAGUGAGACUAAUCUAGGAAAUCCAUACUGAAUGUCCAGAAGGUAUACUUUUGAGGAAGUAAUCCCCUCUUUUGCUUUCUUUAGGAGUAAAAAAGAACCUGUCUCCCUCUGCUGGUUUUAGGGGGGAAAAAUAAUGUUUAGAAACUUAAAAAAAAAAAAAAAAAAAAAAAAAAAAAAAAAAAAUCCUAGCUAAAAUAUUGAUGUCAAUUAUCAAAUGUUCUGGAAUUAAGGCUUAAAACUUGUUCACUUUACAUUCAGAGUCACCUUGAGAACAUUAGAACUAAUAGUUCAAACAUAAAUGAAUCUUCCAGUUUUUCCUAUAUUUGGCAGCCUAAUACUGGGAUCUUAAGUAUAUGUGAAUAAUUUUCUUUCAUGAGUAGGCUGAGUUAAAGUAGUAUAUUUUACUUCAUAUUUCACAUUAAGCUGCUUCAAGCAAACAAAACUUGUCUGUACUUACUUAUAGCCAGUAAGGCUUUUGAAGGCCCUAUAUACAAGAUUUGGACAACUGCAGAGGCUUUCCUCGAAUUGCAUUGGGGCUGCGAUGUUGAGGCUGGCUGAUUGGGGGUCAGUGCUCUAGUCGGAUCCCGAGCUGCCUGCCCCACCAAGCUGUGCGCCCCUGCAGUGCCCCAGGCCCCUACUGUGAAAUCCCAGCUCUCCCCUGACCGCUCCACAAGGCAGUGAGAAGUCCGUCCAUGCCCUAUGUCAAGGAGAGCAUAUCUGCAGGAUGGGGGUGAAUUUUGUUUUACGGUCCCCACCCUGAUGAACAAACACUUGGGAAUUUCUUUUUUAAAAUGUUUGUCCUGCACAAAGUAGGAACCAAACUGCAACAGAGCUUAAUUUUAGAGUUCUACUAAACCAAGUUUAGUAAACCAACCUUGUUUUGAAUCUUCAGUUCCCUGGUCUAGCAGCUCUAAGCAAGGCGGCAGAAUGUCAAGGAUCUAACCACCACUUGUUUCUGUACUGUGUAUGCGUACUGGUGUCUAGUGAGGUUUUUGUCCUUGGUACGAUAUGCUCUGUCCUCCUAGUUUCAGAGGAAACACAUUUGUCCUUUAAUAAUCCAUGUGCUCUGCUAACAAUUUCUCAUUCAUGAAAAGUACCCUUUAACAAUAGACAUUGAGUUUAUUCCUCCCAAUUAAUUAAAGGCAAGUAGCAAUUCCAAUAGUACAAUUAAGGCAUUGAUCUAUUAAAUUGGAAGGCUUACAUAAAUGUAUCUUAGGUUGAGAAGAAAAUUAAGGCAGUUAAAGAUUUUUACUUUCCUUGUUAUAGCCACCAAAACACAUUUGUUAUAUUGUUACAUAUAGCUGUCCUUUUGAGCUUGGUAUACAUCAAGCUUCAUAUCCUAAGUGGUGUUCUAAAAAGCAUCGGCUAGCUGCAGUUUAUCAAACUUACAGUUAAUACCAGUAUUUGUAUAGUUAGUUACACAAGUUUAUUUGACUUUAGCAUAAGUUGUUUUAGCAUUCUUCUGUGAAAUCUGGUCCGAGUAUCAGGGAUAGUGAGCACAGCACUUGCUUUACCAAAUACAAGAAAAAAAUCUCUCAUCUGUAAUAUACAAUUUAAAUUGUACUUAAAAUGUCACUUAAUACAAUUAUAUGGAUUUUUUACUGCUGCCUGUCUGCAACACAUGCUACAUAUUGUUCUUACAAAAUAUAUCUUUACCAAAAAUCUGAAAACUUUCAGAGCAGCUAUGGUAUUUGGUCAGUGCGUCACAGAUAGCCUAUGUAGUGACAAGGGAGUGAGACUGCUGAGACACAAGUUGUGCAUUGUAUUUACAUGGGCAUACUACUUCCUGUAUAAAAAAUACUUUAAAACUGACGUCAUGUUUUCAUGUGGGAAUGUGUAACUUGUAAUUAUCCAUUCAUAAGCAAGUCUGCAGGCUAUGUCAUUGUUCCUUUCAUCAACUCAACUAACUAUGGGAUAGUACCAUUUUUUACUUAUAAGUUGGGCUUCUAAUGCCAAGUAGUUACCUCUCCAGAAGCAGAACUAUUUUGCCUACCCAUCAGUAAAAUUGAAGCUAUGGAGAAUGCUACUUGGAGGCUGAUACACAAAUGCUCGUUCUAAAAGCUGGAUGGCACCGCUUCUGGAGAGUGCACAAACACUGGUAUAUAUUUAAUGUGAAUGUAGCUAGAAGCUAUGAAAGCAGAGGCAAAAAUAUUGGUCUUAGAGUCACUCUUCAGAGUAAGGGGUGAAAGCAAAGGAAGAAAUAACAUUCAUUUUGUAUUUAGUGUGAUAUAAGGAAAUCGGUACCUAUAUAAUAUAAAGCACCUUAAAAAUAUUUAGGAAAAAUUAGAAUUGGUAAGAUAUCAGUAAAAAUAAUGGGCUGAAAUUAUUCAAAUAUAUGCUUAAUAUCAGGAAAAUUACCGGACUAUAAGGAAAUAGUUUUGAAGGAAAGUCACAGAAGCUCCUUACAGUAAGACUUAUCAUAAGACUGGUAGACAGAUUUGGCAAUAGUGUAAUGAAAAUAGUUCUGCACUAAGUAGAAGGAAUCAAAUGAUCUUUUGUCUCAGCUUUUAUGAUUCAUAUUUCUCCCUGUCAUGUAUUGGCUAAUAUUAUUAUGAGGGAUGUUAGUCAAUCAAAUGGUCAUGCAUCUUGUUGAAACUGUUGGAUAGGGUAGCAGACUUUUAUUUAGGCUGAGCAGAUUGAUGCUCCUUUGUUUAGUGAUGGGUGAAACCAAGAAAAAAGGCUGUCCAAGGGCUAAACCCUGUGAUCAGUGACAAGGAAAUGUAAUCCAGAGCAAUUUCAUAUGACCCUCCUGUGAGAGGAAAAGCAGCACAGAGCACAAUAGAAAAGAUGGCUGGGAAACGUAACAGCCAGGAGGAAAAAAAAACCUUAAAAUGCGGUCCUAAAAGAAGGUGUGUUUUAUAGGCUGCUUUCUAGAAAGAAUCCUAGAUCUUGAGGGCAAAGUGGCUGUUCUCUGUUGAUAUUCCAUUCUGUGUUCAAGAACCAGAAUUUUAUGCUUAUUGAUUGUAAAUAAUGGAAUGGUACUAGCUAGCAUUAAUUUCUCCUCUUAAUAACUGGCAACCUGAAAGUGUCCUAACAGCUUAGGUCAGUAAGUUAGUAAGAGCUUUGCUAGUGCUUUUUGUCUGUAUGGUUAAAAGGAUUGUGCCUAUGAUCCUUCUGCAGGAAUGCAUUCUGUAUCAGCCCUCCAAGCCUUGAUUGCCCUUACUGAAGUCACCUGCAAGGCUUUCAUUGACUUCAGUAAUGCUAGAUCAGGAUUUGCCCUAUAGAAAAGGGUUAGAUGCUAAAAUGGUGGAUAUGUAUAUAAAGAAUCACAUAGAAAAUGUCACUGACAGCAGUAUUUAUAACUUAUUAAGCUAUUCAUAUUGUAGUAUCCAAACUGAUGCUUUAAUGUGUUUUUGUGCAUUUUAUAUUUUUCAGAUCUUCAGUGUAUUAAAAUGACUGAAUAAAAUACCAAUAGUCAUAAACCAAAUCAUCCAGUUAUUAUCUGCUGAAUCUAUUACGAAGGCAAAGGUGGACAACUAGUACAACGGAAGUGUUGGUUCUUUAAAUGGACAUCUGCUCUUGCGGUAUGGCCCAGAUAUCCAGUAGCAAUGGAUUUAAACAGCGUUCAUCCCCUUUGGCAACUGCGAGGUCAAAAGAUGUGGACAAAGAGGAGGCAUUGCAGAUGGAAGCUGAAGCGUUAGCUAAAAUGCAGAAAGAAAGAGGUGUAACUGGUAAUAAACAAACUCUUCAUUCUUUAAACAGCACCAGACAAAAAGUGCAGACUCAUAACAAGCAGGACCAUGAUCUCAUGGUGUUUCCAGAGUCUGAUGCCAAGAGAAUGGAAGAUAAACUAAGUACCAUUGACAUAGAGAAACUUACUCAUGCUGAACUAGAGAAACUGCUGCUGGAUGAUAGUUUUGAAUCUAGUAGAGUACCUGCGUUACCAGUAACUCCUAUUUUGAGCCCAUCUGUUUCUUCACAAUUUUAUCUUGGGCCUACUAGUCGGAGAGGACAGUGGACACCUGGGAUACCAGCACCUGUGACUUGCACUUUACCUCCUAUUUAUCCCUCAGCUUCUUAUACAAAACAGACUGGUGUGUUUCAGAAUGGAUUCCAUCCAAGUAUGUCCUCCUAUCGCUCUACAGAACCUAUUUAUCUUGGUCUUCCAAGACAGUCGCAAUACAUUUCGUAUCCAUUGGCAGCUACUACACCUUUCCAUCCCCAAGGAAGCCUACCUGUAUAUCCUCCAGUAAUUACACCAGAAAUGGCAAAAGUAUUUGACAAAAUUGCAAGCACCUCAGAAUUUCUGAAAAAUGGGAAGUCAAGCACUGACUUAGAGAUGACAGCUAUUAAGUCUGCAGUUUCUAAUCUACCAGCCUCAGAAAGCUGCAGAGACAUUAGUAAAUUUGACUGGCUAGAUUUGGAUCCCCUAAGUAAACCAAAAAUGGAUAGUGUGGAGACUUUGUAUAAGGCAGAGGAUGAUGGCGAGAUGACUUCUAGCAUGACUGCAGAAGAUCCGUGGGAUGCUGUGCUGUUAGAAGAAAAGUUGUUAGUAACUUGUCAUCUGGAAAGAAAAGUUAAUGGGAAAUCUUCUGGAGCAACAGUUACAAGGAGCCAGUCCUUGAACAUUCGAACAACUCCACUUGCAAAGUUACAGGGCCAAACAACAGAGCUGCAGAAAGACAAUGGGACCACUGGCACGCUGACAGAAAACGCACUUCUCCAAGAAACCGAAGGGCAGAAUCAAGAGCUGUCAGCUUUUUCUCAAGCGAUUAUGAAAUUGAGGACCAAGUUUCCUUAUGGUAAUCAACAAACAAAUCCAGGUUUUGUGCUGAGUCCAAUCAUGCUGCAAAGAAAUAUAAGUGGAGAGAGUGCCAGUAUCAAGGUUUCUAUAGAAAUCAAAGGAUUCCAGCAGCCAGUAACUUUUACAUGUGAUGUGAGUUCCCCUGUUGAGCUUAUAAUAAUGCAGGCACUUUGCUGGGUGCAUGAUGACUUGAAUGAAGUGGAUAUUGGCAGCUAUAUCCUGAAAGUCUGUGGGCAAGAAGAAGUUUUACAGAAUAAGCACUGUGUAGGAAGCCAUGAAUAUAUUCAGAACUGCCGGAAAUGGGAUACAGAAAUUAAACUGCAGCUUUUGACCCAUAGUGUAGUGUGCAGAGAUUUGGCACGAACAGAAGAAGAUGAUAGAACACCCAUACAUCUAACCAAACACCUCUACAAAGUAGAAAAGCCUUUCAGAGAUGUUAUUAUAAGGUCUUCUAUUGAAGAGCUUCUGGACGCAUAUCAUAAACAAAUUGACAUAGCACUUAAAAAUCAGAACCAACAUAAAGCAGUAGAACAUGUAAUAAAGACUGUCAGAAAAAUCUGUUUUACAUUGGAUGGUGUAGAGACUCCUGCAGUAACCGAAUCUGUAAAGAAGCUAAGGAGGGUUGUUAAUCUUCCAAGGACUAAAAACACGGAGGUAUCCUUAAAAUGUGGUGAGGACAGUAGCAAGAGCUCGUCUGGUUCACUGCAGCCUGAAAGCCCUCUGAAAGUGAGCGUAGACCAGUUAACAAGAGCAGUUGAGGACCUUCUACGACUCCACGUGAAUUCAUGCAGCAGCAGCUCUGCAGUAAUUUCUCCAAAAGAUAGUAGAGGCACCAGGGAAGCAUGGACUGCCACAGAACAUCUCCAGUUCACAGUAUUUGCUGCGCAUGGAAUAUUUCCUGCUUGGGUAUCAAGUUAUGAAAAAUACUACUUGGUUUGUUCUCUGACCCAUAAUGGAAGAGAUCUGUUUAAACCUGUUCAGUCCAAGAAGGUUGGCACAUACAAGAGCUUCUUCUACCUGAUUAAAUGGGAUGAACUAAUAAUUUUCCCCAUCCAGAUUUCACAGCUGCCGUUGGAAUCAGUCUUAUGUUUGACAUUGUUUGGAAUCCUAAAUCAAAGCAGCGGCAGUUCUCCUGACUCAAAUAAACAGAGAAAGGGCCCAGAAAUUUUGGGUCAGGUUUCUCUACCUCUUUUUGAUUUUAGACGAGUCCUAACUUGUGGAACAAAGCUCUUGCAACUCUGGACCUCAUCACAUCCUAGUCAUGCAUCAGGGAUGGCCAGUAAAAGAGGAAAUAUGGAAAGAAUAGUAUUGCAGAUUGACUUCCCAUCCCUUGCUUUUGAUAUUGUAUAUCAAAUUCCUCAGUCUGCAAAGACUACUGUGUGUCAUUCCAUAGAAACAUUGGAAAAACCAUUGCGGGAACAUCUCCUUACCAUUCUCUCCAAAGAUAGCACCAUUGGGCUAUCAAAAGAAGAUAAAGAAUUUUUGUGGGAGAAGAGACAUUAUUGUUAUAGUCAUACUAGUAGCCUACCAAAAAUAUUGGCUAGCGCCCCUCAUUGGGACUGGGCAAGUCUUCCUGAAAUAUAUUCAUUACUUCAGCAGUGGCCUCCUUUAUCACCCUUAGCUGCGCUGGAACUACUUGAUUCAAAAUUUGCUGAUCAGGAAGUGCGAACUACAGCUGUGAAUUGGAUAGAGGCAUUAAGUGAUGAUGAAUUAACAGACUUCCUCCCUCAAUUUGUGCAAGCAUUGAAAUAUGAAACCUACCUGGACAGUGCUCUUGUCAGAUUCAUUUUGGCUCGGGCUUUGGGAAGCAUUCGAAUAGCCCACUACCUAUAUUGGCUUCUUAAGGAUACACUACAUGAUGCAAAGUUUGGUGUAAGAUAUGAGCAAAUUCUUGGAGCCUUUCUUUCAGUCUGUGGAAAAGGCUUGCGGGAAGAGCUGGAGAAGCAAACCAGACUGGUGCAACUUUUUGGAAUGGUAGCAGAAAAAGUAAAGCAAACAAGUGGAUCUGCUAGACAGGCUGUCUUGCAAAAUGGUAUGGAAUGUGUACAGUCCUUUUUCUUGAAGAACAAAUGCCGUUUGCCUCUCAAUCCUAGCCUUGUGGCAAAAGAACUAAAUAUUAAGGCAUGUUCCUUCUUCAGCUCCAAUGCAGUACCACUGAAAGUUGCACUGAUAAAUGCAGACCCUCUGGGAGAAGAAAUUAAUGUGAUGUUUAAGGUUGGAGAAGAUCUGCGACAAGAUAUGCUGGCUUUACAAAUGAUUAAGAUUAUGGAUAAGAUCUGGCUGCAGGAGGGGCUGGAUCUUCGGAUGGUUAUCUUCAAGUGUCUCUCGACUGGAAAAGAUCGAGGCAUGGUGGAGCUUGUUCCUGCUUCAGAUACACUUAGGAAAAUUCAAGUGGAAUAUGGAGUGACAGGUUCUUUUAAAGACAAACCUCUGGCAGAAUGGUUGCGAAAGUAUAAUCCUACAGAGGAGGAAUAUGAAAAGGCUUCAGAAAACUUCAUUUAUUCUUGUGCAGGAUGCUGUGUAGCUACUUAUGUAUUGGGAAUUUGUGACCGCCACAAUGAUAACAUAAUGCUUCGAAACACAGGGCAUAUGUUUCACAUUGACUUUGGAAAAUUUUUGGGUCAUGCACAAAUGUUUGGUAGCUUUAAAAGGGAUCGGGCUCCUUUUGUGCUAACGUCAGAUAUGGCUUAUGUCAUUAAUGGUGGUGAAAAACCCACGAUUCGCUUUCAGUUGUUUGUGGAUCUCUGUUGUCAAGCUUACAACUUAAUAAGAAAACAUGCAAGUCUCUUCCUUAACCUGCUUUCACUGAUGCUUUCUUCAGGGUUACCAGAACUAAGUGGAGUUCAGGACUUGAAGUAUGUCCAGGAUGCUCUCCAGCCCCAAACAACAGAUGCAGAAGCUACAAUUUUCUUUACAAGGUUGAUUGAAUCCAGUCUGGGAAGUGUUGCCACAAAGUUUAAUUUCUUCAUUCACAACUUGGCUCAGCUGCGUUUCUCAGGUCUGCCUUCUAAUGACGAACCCAUCCUCUCAUUUUCUGCUAAAACAUACUCUCUCAAACAAGAUGGACGAAUCAAACAAGUAUCUGUGUUCACCUAUCAGAAGAGGUAUAAUCCAGACAAACAUUAUAUCUACGUAGUGAGAGUUCUGAGAGAAGGACAAGUUGAACCAACAUUUGUUUUCCGGACAUUUGAUGAGUUCCAGGAGCUCCACAACAAACUUGGUAUUCUCUUUCCUCUCUGGAAGUUACCAGGCUUUCCUAAUAAGAUGGUUCUGGGAAGAACGCAUAUAAAAGAUGUAGCAGCUAAAAGAAAAGUGGAGCUCAACAGCUAUAUACAGAGUCUGAUGAACUGUUCUUCAGAGGUGGCAGAAUGUGAUCUUGUUUAUACUUUUUUCCAUCCUUUACUUCGUGAUGACAAAGUGGAAGGAAUAGAUGGAAUAGCCAGACCUACAGAUGCAAGUCCAUCAAGUCCUACCUCAGGCAAAGUGGGAGGAGAAGUGAAGUUAUCCAUAUCAUAUAGAAAUAGCACUCUAUUUAUCAUGGUGAUGCACAUCAAAGAUCUGGUUACAGAAGACGGUGCUGAUCCAAAUCCCUAUGUAAAAACAUACUUACUUCCAGAUACACACAAAACGUCUAAACGCAAAACCAAAAUCUCCCGGAAGACAAGAAAUCCAACUUUCAAUGAAAUGCUCGUGUACAGUGGAUACAGCAUGGAGACACUGAAACAGAGAGAACUUCAGUUAAGUGUGCUCAGUGCAGAAUCAUUACGUGAGAACUUUUUCCUGGGUGGAGUUACUCUCUCACUAAAGGACUUCAACUUAAGCAAAGAGACUGUUAAUUGGUAUCAACUAACUGCUGUACCCUAUCUGUGAACUCAUUUCUAUACCUGAGUAAGAACAGACCAAUUGUAUUCACCUGUGCUUUGUGCAUCUUCUUACUUGAAAAUAACUUGUACAUCUUAAAAUAAGAGAGACUGCAUUUCAACAAAUGCAUUGGACCAACCUUCAUGUAGCCUAAUUUGGAGGAUUUCUAGAAAACCAUUGCUGGUUUAUGCUUAUAUAAUGUUAUCAAAGCAUUAAUGUAAAUGUUAAUAGUUGCGGGUAAAGGAAGGGUUUUUUAAACUAUCCAUGAAAGACUCAAAUUAACAGUCUGACCAUGCUGGUUGGUUAAACCACCACAACUUAAUCACAAACUUAGACCUGUGGAUGUAGUGGAUUUUUGCUUUAUAAUUUUUCUUUUCCCUGUAUUAUGUCAUCCAUGGCAUGAUGCUGGAGAAUAUCAAAGAAAAUGUGUAUUUUUCAGGAUUACAUUCCCACUAUUAACUAGGCAUCACAGAAGCAGCAAUGGGUAAAAUUGGUGGUUUUACACCUGUAGAAAUGAAGGUUGAAGGGCUGGAAAAAUUCCUUGGCGUUGCAUUUGAUCCCAGAUUCAUGCUUCUCUAAGAAUUAUUGGAGUGAGUGCCAAUAAUGGAAGUUGUAAAUAAUGGUGCCUUAUAACUCAAAUGCUUCUCUUGUACCUCAUUUCUAGUAUUUAAAUAUGUAUAUGUUAACUCUUUCAGCUCCUUAAAAGGGGGAAACAUUCUCACAUUCAAUAACUUGCAGGUCCUACUGGAAGUCUUUUCCAGAGAAAUGUGUUACUUCCAAAUAAUAUCACUUAAACUGAUCUUCAUAAUUAGUGUAACUUACGUGAAUUCCUUCUGCCCCAUCUUCUACCCAUGAUCUGCAAAAGUAAAUGAAGACUGGCUGAAUGUGUGCUGCUUUUCAAUGUUUUGAAACCAUGUUUUUAAAUUUUUAGAACUUAAAUACUGCAGUGAGUAAAUGUGGAACGGAUUCGAACACAGAAUCCAAGGUGGAAUCACACCUAAAUAAUUUAUGUGCACCCUCUGGGUCAGUGAUGGCCUCCAGUUUAAAAAAAAAAAAAAAAAAAAAAGUGCAACUGCUGAAUAAACUGCGGGUCGGGAAUGAAUUGCAUUAACAGAGCUUUGGGAGAGGAACUUGGUCACUUGUUUUUCUACAGUUCACAGUAACACUGUUUCUCACUCAAGCAGCAUUUAAUUUGAAAUAUAUUGUGACAAUGGAGUACAAGUGUUAACUGCUUUCUCCCAUUAAUACCACUGGUUACUUAAGUGGGUGUUUCUGCACUACAAGGAUAGCCUUGCUAUUCAGCUUACUCAGUUUUCAAUAUGAACAUAUUCUGUCUAGACAACGCUAGAGUUAAAUUGCACAUUUUUGUUCAGUGCUAGAUCUGAAACAUGUUUGAGAAAAGGUGACAGACUAUCAGCACUAUCACUGGAAUGAAAUUUAAAGUAAAAUAUGGAAUGAUGAACAAUGAUACAGUACAGGCAAGUCUUUUUGCCCAACACUAAAAAACUUUUUCAUAAUCUGAUUUCCUUCCCCUGCUACUGACCAGUCUCCCUUCAAUACGGAAGAGAGAAGUAAACUUGAAACUCUUGGUGCCUAAAAUAUUCACGGUCCAAUUUCUUAGGUGAGGUGUGAUUAUAAUUAAAAAGUUAAGAACAUCUUGAAUGCUAGAAACUGGGUUGCUACUAAUGGGCACUAAUAAUCCAAAAUCCCAGUUCUGUGAGCUAUCUUCUGCAUAUUUUUCAUUUAGUAUAUAGCAUGUAAAUAAUAUACUAUAUGACUAACUAGAUAUAUUUCCUGCUCACUUGAUGCUUUUGAGACUUACUCCAUUCCAUCAUCAAAAUCACAAGUCACCUAAACACAGGAAAGUAGACUACUGUUUUUGUGAAACGUUCCAUUGUGAAAUAAAAUUAAAGCAAUAUGUACUGCCUUUUUGCAGUUUGCUAUUAAAGCACAGUGUCUUACAGCACAAAAUACAAAUAAAAAAGCUAAAAUCAUUUUAAAAAAUGAUUUGCAGUUUUAACAGUUGUCUGGACUCUAGUAAGAAAAUGUAUAGUACUGUAUUAUUAUUAGCACUUGUCCUGACUCCUGAUUUAACAAUAUUCUUAACUCAUUUUGUGCCUUUCCCUUCCUUUUGCAAAAUGUUCACUGGCUAAAGUUCUUUGUGGUCAUGGUUUUUAUUUUGUGUAUGGGAUCUGGCCUUGGCCCCUCCUCAAAAGUAGAGGAACAGCACCAAGCUUGUGCCUCUGUGCACUGUUUUCAAUCAAUUAAGAAAAAAAACUGAUUGUAUUGCAAUAAGCUUUUAAUAUGUUGCGUUUAAAAAAAAAAAAAAAAAAAAAAGAGGAUGGGAAAGAGGAAGAUGUUGAGCUGGGAUGGAAGUUGCCAGUAUGCUAAUUGGUUUGAAAAUGUAGCUUAACAGCUUUUUUUUAUCUUGUUUAGUUUAAAAAAAAAAAAAAAAAAAGCAACAUAUGACCUGCAGCCAGAAAUACACUUCUUUAGCCUCUGACAUUUGAGAAUAACUGCUUGCUCUAAGACUUGCUUGUUUUCUUUAUUAAACCUGACCUAGAACUUUGCACUGAAAUUUUUAUUACUGCCUUUUUAUGAGCUACAGGUACCUGUACCUGGAAGCAUGUGUGAUCUUUGAUAAAAAAUUUUCUCUGUUUUUUAAAAAACAAAUAAGGUUGUGUAGAAAUCUCAGUACUUGCCUUAAAGGGACUGCUCUUUCUAGGACUCUAAUGUGGUCAAUUUUCCCCUUGGACUUUUCUGGUAUUUGCACAACGCGUGUGUUACACAGGCCACGUCCCUCCGGCCUCCUUGUGCUCUCUACGCGGACACUGUGACUAGGUAGCGCUAUAGGUGAUGAACUUCAGCGAGAGCAACUCGUUUGCCUCCCUUUGUCUAUAUAUCUGUAAGAACCAAAUAAUUAAAUGACUAGUUAAUAAAGAUGUACCAUAAUGUGAUUCCAUAACUGUCCUGUAAGUACAUUAAACACUAUUCUGCCAUUAAAAAAUAA